CGGAAGCGGAAGUGCGGGGAACGGCGACGUGUGCGGCGGGCCGGCAUGGCGGGCAGGCUGGAGCCGCACCUGGAGGCGCUGCAGCGGGAGCUGCGGGUGUCUGACCCCGCCGUGCUCUCCGUCCUCCUGGCGCUGCUCGUCGUCGCCAUCACGCUUCUGAUCUGGAGGUUCGUGCAGGGCAGGAGGAGCGGCCGGAGGGCGGUGCUGCUGCUGGGCCUCUGCGACGCGGGGAAGACGCUGCUGUUCGCGCGGCUGUUGACAGGCAAAUACCGUGAUACCCAGACUUCAAUAACCGACAGCUCUGCAGUUUAUAGAGUCAGCAACGACAAGAGUGCUAACGUGACCUUAAUCGACCUUCCAGGCCACGAGAGUUUGCGGCUCCAGUUCUUGGAGAGGUUCAAGGCCGCAGCCAGAGCCAUUGUGUUUGUGGUGGACAGUGUGGCCUUCCAGCGGGAGGUGAAGGAUGUGGCAGAGUUCCUGUACCAGGUCCUGGUCGACAACACUGUGCUCAAAAAUGCGCCUGCGCUGCUGAUCGCUUGCAAUAAGCAAGAUGUCACAAUGGCAAAAUCAGCAAAACUUAUUCAACAGCAGCUGGAGAAAGAGCUCAAUACCUUACGAGUGACCCGCUCCGCAGCCCCUACCAGUCUGGAUGGCUCAGCCACUGGGGGCCCUGCCCAGCUGGGGAAGAAGGGCAAGGACUUCGACUUCUCCCAGCUGCCCAUGAAGGUGGAAUUUGUGGAGUGCAGUGCUCGGGGCAGCAAGGGAGAGGAUGGAGAUGCUGACUUCGAGGGCCUUGAGAAAUGGCUGGCCAAGGUCGCCUGAACGGAGAAGGGCAGGGCUGGAGGGAGAGACUUGGGGACUGAAAGGAAAAAGAUGGUCUGAAGCACUCAAAUCUCAUCUUGCUGUAGAAAGAAGAAACUUAAGCUGGAAAUCAGCAUUGUGGUACCUUCCUCUGCUGCUUGUGGGCUUGGGAGCAACAUGACACGAUUGCUGGUGUGAUUUCCUCUGGCUGUUCACACUGCAACACUUUUUUUCCUCUCACCUGUUCCUUUGUCUUCCUCUGGGAUGCUGACCCUCUGGGCUUGUGUUUUUCCUUAAUCUUUAGGCUUUUCAUUUGGUAGAUGCCAAGCAAAUUAGGAAGGAGUGCACUGCCAGGUGAGUUUUAGAGAUUGGCGUCUGCAUGUUGUCUUCUGCCUUGGUUUAGCACUGUAAGCCUGUUGCCUCUUGGAGGUACUGGUCACCUCCUGAUUCGCACUUCUUUCUCCAGCCUCUCGCUGCUUGGGAGCACACCUCUGCAAAGUGCACGGACUCUCUCUGUUGGGCAGUCAUUGAGAGUAUAAAAAACCUUCGUGUCUCCUACUUUCCUGUUCUUCCAGUCUGGCACAGUCCCAUUUUUGUGUUAGUGGAGUGGUGUAUUAAAUGCCAAAAUCAGGCUGGCUGUUCUGCCUUUGUCACUCCAGCUGCGGCACCUGUGUCUUUGGGUGAUUUCCACUGUUGGACAGUUCUUGGGAGUCUUUCUUUAACUGAGGGUUAUGUCCUGAAAGCUUGUUUCAUUCUGCUUCUCCUUCCCAUACUUCAGGCUCUUCUGCAGACAUGUAUACACUUGCCAAGUGGCAGAGCUGUAGUAGGGUCUUAGCUUGAAACUAUGAGUUGGUUAUGUUUUUAGAUUCAUACCUAUAUUACACGUGAGAUCUGGCACGACUGGCUUUCACUGUGCAGUCCCCUGCCUGUCUCCUGCUCCAGUGACUGCAGCAAGAUCUUUUUCUGUGUGCAGUUGGUCAGCUGUUGUGGCAGAGUGAGAGGGAAAGCCAAGGAGUGCUAGCACAUUUGUGUGAUUCCUCCUCCUGAGGAAGAUGCUCAAUGAAGAGGGGGAAUAAAGGUGAUAUUUCCCAGUU